AUGUUACAUAAUCCUAAAUAUCAUCCUAUAGUACCAAUACUUCCAUCAUACAGGUUAGAAUCGAUUGAUGAGACUCAAGAACUUUUUGAUUCAAUACCUAUUACUACUGAUAUUACUAUUUCAGAAGAA